GUACAUUACGGUCUUGGAAAGCCGCAAGAGAUCCUUCAUCCCAAUGAGACAGAAAAACAAUUCUUGUUUUUGUGGUUGAGUAUUCCAUUAUACAGCUUGUCAUUGACAUUCACCAAAGCCUCAAUUCUUCUUCUGUACAUUCGGAUCUUUGCGCUGCCUCGAUUUAUUCUUAUGUCGCGUAUCGCGCUAGGCGUCAUAAGCACAUAUGGACUUUGGUGUGUUCUCAGCUGCAUCCUGAACUGUAUCCCGGUAAAUGCAUUCUGGGACACCUCAAUUCAAGGUCGCUGCAUAAAAAGGGAAUUUUUAUGGUUUUUUAAUGCAGGUAUAAAUAUCGUUACCGACCUAGGCAUCCUGGUAAUGCCUAUUCCCGUUUUGUCUCACCUGCAACUUUCUUGGAAGCGAAAGUUUGGCCUCAUGUUAAUCUUCGCUGCAGGCAGUUUGUAUGUUUAUUAUCGCCUGCAUUACAAGCAUAAUCCGCCUCAAGGCAGUGGCCAUAGCAACCAAUUCCACCGAUUUGACAAGUCAGUCAUCUCGAUACGACCCACUAUAGAGACUAAUCGCUUUUUUAGGAUCCCUAGCUCCGAUUGCAACUUGGUCUUACGUGGAGAUGAAUAUGGGAAUCAUCUGCUCUUGUCUCCCGCCGUUGCAUCCGUUAUUCAGACGUACACUUCCAUGGCUUCUUUCUCCGAGUCGCCGAUGCUGCGGCAGUAA